AUGUCGAAUCAGAAUGGAGAUUCAGGUGCCUCAAGCUCCGAAGCCGAAGAGACGGCGGUUAUGGACGAGUUCUCCGCUUGGACCACCAGAACGGAUGGACAAUUGAAGGGCAAGCUGGACAUCAUUACAGCGGGGGGAGAAGACUAUGAGCGCUUUAUAUUUCUAUCGCAUGCUCGACGCUUGGGCGUGGAGGGUGCGUUCGAGGUCUCGAACCGCCGGGAUUUCAGAAUGGCACUCAGAAACUCUCAAGCCUACAACCAAGGCCAGCCCUUUGUUGUUUUCCUCGGUGAAGACGCCUGGCUUGAAGACAUAAACAGAAUGGACCUCCACGAGCGACCGCCGUAUGUGGUGAACAUGAAUCUGAACACGACCAGUCCAGCUGAGUUUGAUGCCCAUGUUGUUUCGUCGUGUCUGCAAGAUGAAGUCGCGGCUUUGCUGUGCCAAGCUAUUGAGAUUCACCGACAAAAGGAUCCCAAGCCUGGUCAAUGUACGGUGGCGCCUUGA